AUGCCGUGUGUUUGCGCGUCAUUUCAGAACGACCUCACUCUCACCCUGUGCGCCAUCUACGAUUACUUUGGCCUUCUGCUUCGCGCACUAGCGUCGCCUUCUAAAUUCAUGCUGCAGGCCCUCUGCGGACCUGCCGGUACCCACGACGAACCGGAUCCCCUCCUCUCCACCGCCCCUUUCUCCCAUUGCUCCCCUCUUGAACGUGUCUGUGAAGAAGUCUGCACCUUUGCGUCCACGCAGUACCAGUUCAUCGAACAACCGUGGUACGGCUGCUACACUUGUGGCAUGACUUCCGGCCGCGGCGUCUGCCACCUGUGUGCGCAACUCUGCCAUGCCGGUCACGACCUCGUGUUCAACACCACGGGUGACUUCUUUUGCGACUGUGCUGCUGAAUUUGGUGUGCUGGGGAAGUGCUGUUCUGUGACGAGAAGACUCGGACGCCAUGGGUGUCUUCGCAAGCCGAAUUCGUCGAAUGGGAGCCAUGCGAAGACGUUCCGGUGCGCUAACCUCGUCACUCGCAAAGACCGUUUCUCGGGCACCAGAUGGAGUUGGCGAAACACCGCUGCCUCCCGUUCAACCUCUUCCCACCCUUUCUGUAAUGUAUGGUUGCUGUGGUGCCUUAGGCCAGUCGAAAGGCAAUCUCUGGAAGGCCGACGAUGA